UCGAGCACGAACUAGCACAAACGUGCCAUCCAGUUCAAUCUCGUAAGUUGUUUAACGAGUGUGUCCGAGUGUUCGUACGAUUUUUCAGUCUCGCGUACCGUAAAUCUGUUGAAACAUUGUUAUCGCGUACGUGCCAAUUAGUUUUGGCUCGACGGUCGGUCCCUCGUAAUGCGGUACACGUCGCUUUUCAGCUCGUACUUUUAACAGUCAGGUUCUCGAGCAACGGACGACCAUACCCGUUGUACCCGUGGGAUAACAUUGACGUUACAGAGAUGUCAUUAUUCAACAAGCCGAAGCGGAACAUACGCCGACGUCCUUUCAACGAUGAAGACGAGGAUAAUGAAAACAGAAUGGAAGUGGAGGACGCGCAGCCCGUCAAAAUUAAGACGAAGAAGGAUAAGCCAAAACAGACGCGUCUCAGCUUCGGGGAGGAGCUGGAACAAGGAGACGACGGAGAGGUUUUUAUAGUGAAGAAAUCAUCGAGGAGCAAAAAGCUGAUGAAACAGCUAGAUCACGAGAGGAGGAAAAAGAAAGGUGAAGAGAAAAUGCAAGUGGACUCUGAGCAAGCGAAUAAAUCCGUUAAGCAGGAAAAAGAUUUAGAAAUAAAGACAGAUGAUCUAGUAGUUAAAAUAAAAAACACAGGACCUUUAAUUUUAAAUGGACGAGCUGCAUUGGCAGCGGGAAAAGAUGACUAUACAUCGGGCGAGGAGGAAGAUGAGUCUUGCAGUCACAAAUUUCGGAAAAAUACAGAUAAAGCCGAAACUAUGAAGAUACUUCUUGAGAGUGGGUGUAUACCUGACGCCGCUAUGAUCCAUGCAGCGAGAAAACGCAGACAAAAAGCAAGAGAAUUGGGAACUGAUUACAUUCCCAUCGAAGAGCAAAAUGAUGACAAGGGCAAAUCAAGAUUGAUACGAGAAGAAGAUCAUGAUCGAAGUGAUGAUGAUGAUUCUCAAGAUCGAUUAGAUAUGACUGUCAACACUGAAGCACGUGAUAAAGAAAAAAGAAGAGAAGCCUUUCUUGCAUCACAAGUUCCAUUAAAAUUUUGGAAAAUGUCUUUAGUUUCAGAUAAUGAAAGUGAGCAUGAGAACGAAGAAGAGGAAUGGGAAGCUCAACAAAUACGAAAGGGUGUAACGGGUGCUCAGAUCGCAGCAGCGCAACAGGAUUCUAUGUUACAACAACAAUAUACGAUGGGUAUGAAUGUUAAUCAGAUGAUCGGGUCUGGUGUACCUUUAGAAAUGGUAUUGAUGCCUGCUCCGCCGCCACCACCGUCCAUUCAACCACCAGAUCCGACAAAAAUCGUACCUGUUACGCCACAAGAAGUUGUGAACAGGAUGCGCGCAAGAUUGGACAACUUGAAAGAGGUACAUAGACGACAUCAACAAGAUCAGGAGCGUUUAGAGGGAGAGUUACAACAAACUAUGAAAGAAUUGGACGAAAGUGAAAUUCGUACGCCGCAUUAUGCACAACGCUUCAGAUAUUACCAAGAGUUGCGUGGGUAUGUCACUGACUUGGUAGAGUGUCUUGAUGAGAAGCUUCCCCUUGUUAUCGAUUUGGAGCAACGCUGGUUAGACUUAUACAGUGAACGUUCAACCGAAUUGAUGGAACGGAGACGACAAGAUACGAGGGAUCAAGCAGAAGAAGUAACUACUGCGGCAAGAGGUCAAGCCUUAAGAAGAGGACCGGAAGUAGAAGCUCAUGGACGGCGAGCUACAGAGAGAGAAGGUAGAAGAGCCCGUCGUAGGAGAGCAAGAGAAUUAGCUUCAAAUAUGCCAAAACAUAUUGAUGGCAUGUCUAGUGAUGACGAAGUCACUGAGCAACAAAAUCUUGUAUUUAAACAAGCGAAAGAUGAAAUCGAUAAUAAUUGUAAAGAUAUAUUUUCUGAUGUUAUGGAAGAAUAUUGUACAGUACGUGGUAUCCUUUCAAAAUUCGAAUCAUGGAGAGAAACGGACAUGGAUGCGUAUACAGAAGCCUAUGUGUCACUUUGUUUACCUAAAAUUAUAUCACCCAUUAUCAGAUUACAGCUGGUUACUUGGAAUCCAAUAAUGGAAAGCGCGGAUUUAGAAAGAACAAAGUGGUAUAACACAUUGCUUUUGUACGCUUUAGACAGUAAAGAGACAGAAGAGUCAUUGAAACGAGAUCCGGAUGUUAGAUUAAUACCAUCUACAAUUGAAAAAAUUGUCAUACCAAAAUUGACAUCUAUUAUCGAAAAGAUAUGGGAUCCAAUGUCGACAUCCCAGACAUUACGACUUGUAGGAACCAUAAAUCGCUUAAUCAAGGAAUAUCCCAAUUUGAAUGACACGAGCAGACAAUUGGAAACUCUAUUCAAUGCUAUUUAGAUAAAAUUAAGGCUGCUAUUGAAACGAUGUUUUAUACCUAUCUU